CUUCUCGUAUAAUUUAGUUCUAAAUUAGUGUCAGCGCCCCCCUCAAAUGAGCCUCGAUGAGCCUCAACGAGCACCACUCACCGUUCCACAACCAUGAAAAGAACACGCAGAAGCACACCGAAAGUACGGUCGGGGUGCCCAACUUGCAACAUCCCCUUCAAAGUCCCCGGCAGCCAAGCCGACCGGCAGUUGCUGCACUUCUACUGCUGUCAAGCGGCGGAGAGUCUUUCGAGCUUCUCCGACCCGACUCUGUGGACGCGCCUCAUCCUCCAGCGCUGCCACACCCAGCCCAUCAUCCGCAAUGCACUCGUGACGCUGAGUGCCCUCUACCAGGAUCACCACAGCCACAGCGGCCAGCUAACGGGCAAGGAGGGGGCGAGAGAUAUCCCGCGACAACGACCAUCGCCCAGGGGUCUCCGGCUGAUCGCCCGGUCGCACCGGCAGCUGCGCACGCAUCUCUCCUCCCCGCAGGCCUCAUACGAAGUCGCCCUGAUCUGCGGGGUGCUCUUCUACGCCUUUGAAUCGCUGAUCGGACAGGCGGGCAACGCCAUCCGGCACCUGGAUCAGGCGUUGAUCCUGUUCCAGCGGUACCGAGACCAUCCGCCUCCGCCGCGGACCGCGUGUGGGGUGGCGGAGGAUAUCCUCCCCCAUCUGGGGGCUCUGCUGGCGCGACUGGACAUUCAAGCCAGCAUAUACGAUGAUUCCCGUCCGUUGGUGCUUAACACACCACUCGCCAACCUCCCGCCAGCGAUUCGUCAGGAGCGAUUAGCGCUUGACGCUGCCUUCCAGGCCAUCAUCCACUCCAUCACUACUACGCCGCACCCCAGGGACCCAAAGGUCAGACAGCACGUUCUCCUCUUACGGAUUCAAGCACAGCUGUUCCACGGUGUUCUACUGGAGAACUUGCACCGCGCACCGGGUGCAUCUUCAGUAUCCGCUGCCACGGACUCUGCGCUAAGCGCCGCUCUGAGCGAUAUGUCUAUGCUCCUCGACGAGUCUGACCUCGGCGGUGGGGGAGAAAGCAAGACUCCAAAUUCACGGCCAAGUAACGAUGCUCCACCCGGAUUUACCCUCACCACGCAGCUCAUCGCAGGGCUAUACGUCGUCUGCUUGAAAAGCACCGAUCCCACCACGGUGGACACAGCACUCUCCCUGCUACGAGACCCGCGACUGCCCCGACGGGACGGGCUGUGGGGUGCAAGUGUGGUGACCAAAGUCGUGGAGAGGCUGAAGGACACAGCCGAAAGCACUAACAUACUGUCCACAACUCCCAUUUGA